AUGACGAUCCAACUCUGGCGCCUGACAGCUACCCAAGCUCUCGGAAAGAUCAGAGCUAAGGACCUCACGAUUGAGCAAUAUGCAUCCUCUCUAUUAGAACGCAUUAAGCACCGCGACGAUGACGUUAGAGCCUGGGCAUAUCUCGACCCAGCCGCCAUCUUAGAACAGGCAAGACAGCUCGAUAAGGUGCCUUUUGAAAAGAGGGGACCUCUUCAUGGCCUGCCAGUGGCAGUCAAGGACAUCAUCUACACCAAAGAUAUGCCAACGGCGCAUGGCUCACCGAUAUAUAAAGAUCACCUCGUGAAAGUAGAUGCCGGCUCUGUCUCGAUCCUUCGAAACGCAGGGUGCCUCAUAUUCGGCAAGACAACAACAACUGAAUUCGCUGCCGUCUUCGCCGGCCCCAAGACCCGAAAUGCCCAUAGUACCUCACGCACACCAGGUGGCUCCUCUUCUGGAUCUGGUGCAGCUGUAGCCGACUUCCAAGUACCCGUCGCUCUUGGGAGUCAGACCAUGGGCUCCAUUGUGCGUCCAGCCUCCUUUAAUGGGACGUACGGCUUCAAGCCGACAUGGAACGCUAUCACACGAGAGGGGCAGAAGUUUAGUGCCCUCACAUUCGACACCAUCGGCUUCUUCACUCGCAGUGUUGAUGACGUCGAGGCUUUGAUGGAUCUCUUUGCCGUCCAUGAUGAUGAGGAAAGUGCAUUCACUGAUGUUAAGGGCUCUCGUAUCGCCGUCUGCAGGACGAUACAGUGGGGUCUCGCCGGCCAAGGAACCAUGAGCGCUAUGGAAAAGGCCGUCGAGUUGCUGAAAUCCCACGGGGCCCAAGUUGAAGAAAUCAGCCUCGGCUCCGAGUUUGAUCGUGUUGUCGAAUGGCACGGCAAACUCGGCCAGACUGAAGGCGGCACAACUUUCCUUCCAGAGUAUCUCUCCGCCAAGCAAGAUUUGCACGAUCAUUUGAUCGGAUGGGUUGAGAACAGGCAAAAUAUUACUCACAAGGAUCAGCUCGAAGCGUACGACGGUCUCUCAGCCCUACGCCCAAAGUUUGACGCCAUCGCGAGUCGUUACGAUGCGGUUCUGGCCCCGAGCGUGCUUGACGAAGCACCAGAGGGACUCGAUAAUACUGGAAGUCCAAUUCUUGCUUCGACUUGGACGGCGUUACAUUCACCCGUCAUCAAUAUCCCGGGUUUUCGGGGUCCGAACAACAUGCCGGUCGGGGUUUCGCUUAUCGCACCCCGUUUCAGAGAUCGUCACCUCCUCAAGGUGGGCAAAGCAGUCGGCCGUAUCUUUGAAGCAGAGGGUGGAUGGAUUCAAGGAUCAUAA